GAUCCUCUUUUCCUGUGGGCUUUACUUCCGCCAUCGACUUGUUGUGCUGAUGUUAUAUACAGUAUUUUUUGAAUGAUCUUUAUCUAAAUUUAGUUUCAUUCAAGGUUCGGAAUCCAGGUGGUGGAACCUUUGUUUUUUUAGCAAUGGCUAACUACCAUUGGCAGAGCAAAGGUACGGCGAAAUCAAGUGGUGUCGAAGAUAUGGUUUUGUUGCCUAAAAUUCAAGAGUCGUCGAUUGUUGAUAAUCUGAAGAAGCGAUUUAUGGACGAUCUCAUUUACACAUAUAUUGGUGAUGUUCUUAUUGCAGUUAAUCCAUUUAAACAAUUGCCUUAUUUUACUGAGAAAGAAAUCUAUCAGUAUCAAGGAGCUGCUACUUAUGAAAAUCCACCUCACAUUUAUGCGCUUGCUGACAGUAUGUUCCGUAAUAUGUUGAUUGACAUUGAAAGCCACUGUGUUAUUAUAAGUGGUGAAAGUGGUGCUGGGAAAACAGUGAGUGCAAAGUUCAUCAUGAGUUAUUUGGCUAAGGUGUCCGGUGGUGGCCCCAAUGUCCAGAGAGUGAAAGAUGUCAUUCUUGAAUCCAAUCCUCUCCUGGAAGCAUUCGGAAAUGCAAAGACUGUGCGAAAUAACAACUCAAGUAGAUUUGGAAAAUAUGUCGAAAUUCAAUUCACAAGAGGUGGUGAGCCAAUCGGAGGAAAGAUUUCAAACUUUCUGCUUGAAAAAUCUAGAGUUGUGCUGCAAAAUCAAGGUGAAAGGUCCUUUCAUGUAUUUUAUCAAAUUUGUGCUGGCAGCUCAGAUGAAGACAAAGAAAUGCUUGGGGUCUCCGAUCCCAGUUAUUUUUAUUAUCUUAAUCAAAGUGGAACAUAUGAAGUUGAAGGAACUAACGAUAAGAAAGAAUAUGAAGAAACAAGGCUGGCCAUGGAAACGAUGGGCAUAAGUUUGGAAAUUCAAGCAACUGUGUUUCAACUGGUGGCAGGAAUUUUACACUUGGGAAAUAUUGGUUUUGUCGAGGAAGGCAACUAUGCUAGACCCGAGAACGAUGACUAUCUAGAGUUUCCUGCGUACUUGCUUGGUAUAGAAACAACUUAUCUUCGUGAGAAAUUGGUCAGUCGUGUUAUGGACAGCAAAUGGGGAGGAAAGUCGGAGAUUAUCAACAUGACACUCAAUGUUGAACAGGCAACCUAUACGAGAGAUGCGUUAGCAAAAGCUUUGUACUCGAGAUUAUUUGACUACUUGGUCGAGUGCGUUAAUUUGGCUAUGCAAACCGACAACGAAGAGAUAAACAUUGGCAUUUUAGAUAUUUACGGAUUUGAAAUAUUUCAGAGAAAUGGUUUUGAACAGUUCUGCAUCAACUUCGUGAACGAGAAACUUCAGCAAAUCUUCAUUGAGUUGACCUUAAAAGCCGAACAGGAAGAAUACGUCACCGAAGGAAUAAAAUGGACUCCUAUAGAUUAUUUCAAUAACAAAAUAGUUUGUGAUUUGAUCGAGGAAAGGAAACCCAAACCUGGAAUAAUGUGUGUCCUUGACGAUGUGUGUGCCACCAUGCACGCACAGGGGGAGGGUGCGGAUAUGACAUUGUUACAGAAACUUGGAGGUGCUGUCGGUAAUCAUCAACAUUAUAAUGGCUUUAGUACCGGGUUUACCAUCCAUCAUUAUGCAGGAAAGGUAACGUACGAAGCUGAAGGGUUCUGUGAGAGAAACAGAGACGCUUUUAAUGAUUUGAUUGAACUGAUGAAGUCGUCAAACAUUCCAUUUAUAUGUUCUUUGUUUCCCGAAAAUACGGAACGUAAAGGAAAGCCCACGACUCUAGGCAGCAAGAUUAAGACACAGGCCAACAAGUUGGUCGAUCGACUCACUCGAUGUACACCACACUACAUUCGUUGCAUCAAACCAAACGAGACAAAGAGAGCGAAGGACUGGGAAGGAGACCGCGUGAAGCAUCAAGUGGAAUACCUGGGACUGAAGGAAAACAUUCGUGUGAGGAGAGCUGGUUUUGCGUAUAGACGAGAGUUUGAAAAAUUCUUGACAAGAUACGCUAUUCUUACGCCGGAGACAUGGCCUCACUGGAAAGGACCCAGGCAAGGUAUUCAACAUAUGAUGAACUCCGUAAACAUGGAAAAAGAUCAGUGGCAAAUGGGAAAGACCAAAGUCUUCAUUAAAGCACCAGAAUCGUUAUUCUUAUUGGAAGAGGUCCGAGAAAGGAAGUUUGAUGGUUACUCUAGAAAGAUACAGAAAGCAUUCCGUCAAUAUAAGAAUCGCAAGAUGUUUGUGGAUCUCAAAGUACAAGCUUCAGAUAUAGUGUACAAUAAAAAGGAACGGCGAAGAUUAACGCUAAAUCGUAACUUUGUGGGUGAUUAUAUUGGAUUUGAUAGCAAUCCUGCAUUACGGGCAUUAGUUGAAAAAAGAGAGAGAAUCGAGUUUGCCAUCUCUGUUGUUAAAUAUGACAGAAGAUUCAAGCAAGGUAAAAGAGAAUUGUUAGUCUCCAGCAAACACGUUUAUCUUAUUGGCAGAGAAAAGGUGAAGAAAGGUCCAGAAAAAGGAAAGGUUUACGAGGUGGUAAAGAGGAAACUAGAACUUAAUCAAAUUGGAAAAGUUUCUCUCAGCACGCUACAAGACGAUUUUGUUGUUCUUCAUGUUCCCGGCGAAUAUGAUACUGUUUUUGAGACUGUUUUCAAAACGGAACUUCUCACCGUUUUGACGAAGAAAUACGAGGCAAAAGCCGGCAAAAAACUCCCCAUCGAAUUCAAAGACAACAUAACAGUUGCUGUAAAGAAAGAAGGCUGGGGAGGAGGCGGUACUCGCUCUCUUGCAUUCACAUGCUCAGGGAAAAAUGACUUUCCUCUUAUUGCUCCAAGCAGUAAAACUUUAAAGAUUACCGUUGGUCAAGGAAUGCCUAGAGACUCGCGUCCAGGACGUCGUCAGGCCACUAGCAGCAACUACAGCCAACCACGACGUACUGCCCCAAGUAUUUCGACGCAAGCUAACGGUAUUCAGAGACAGGGCACGCAUAGUGGUUCGUUGAAUCGUUACUCGAGAACUGGUAGUCAAUCUCAUCCGAAUCUCCCCCAGAGCGGAGCAAGAAAUCGAGCAAAAUCACGUGGUGCCGAUGUUAAUUCAAAUGCUGCGUUCAUGCAGACGCCAGAUUCUGGUGUUUGUGGAGUAAGCCGUAACAUAAGCGACAAGAUGACCAACACCAGACGUCCCACUGCACCCAGUCGUAAGAAACCUGGUCUUCCUCCAAAGCCUUCUAUACCUCAAUGCCGUGCAUUGUAUGCAUAUGACGCUCAAGAUACGGAAGAGCUGAGUUUUAAUGCUGGCGAAAUAAUUGAUUUGUUGAAAGAAGAUCCUUCUGGUUGGUGGACCGGAAAGGUUCGUGGAAAAGAGGGUCUCUUUCCUUUCAACUAUGUUGAGAAAAUUUAAUUUCGUAUACGUCACAUCAAACCACAUCGACGCAAAACAAAAGGAACGUUUGUAAUGAUGAUAAAUAUAUUUUCGUAGAAUUUUAAAGUUUCGAACAUAUUUUUCACAGAUAAGUGCAUGCUGUAAAAUAUAAGCCAAUUUCUGUUUUAAUUUACAAACCGCACCAGUGGUGUAUUCAUAUUUACUCUAAACGUUGUUAUUACGCAUGCGCACACGAAGUUUGCAUUGUCAGAAUAAUCUUACUUCAGAAAUCGUCAUAUCAUCCUUUUCGCCAUGAUGGAACAGCUCUGAAAAUAUAAAACCGUAUUAUUUCAACAUUGUUUGCCUUUUAAACAUUGUGUUCUCUUGGAAAUGUAAAUAAAACAGUUAAACGUUGCA